AUGAGUGCCGGUAACUUAGAUCAACUUCAAAGCUACAUCAAUGAGCUUAACAGUGCGGCCAAGGUCAUUACAGAUCAUUGCAACCCUUAUAUCAACACUGGUUCUGCGUCUCAUAUAUCAAUACCUCCCAAUGCGCCGAGUGAGAUUCAUCGCGCAAGACGCAAUCUACUCGCUGUGGCUACGCGGCUGCAGACAUUACUAGCGGAACCGGUGGACUUCAUCCAGCAGCUAGCCAGUCAAAACCAACUGCUUGCUUGUCUGCAAUGGCUUGGAGAAUUCCAAGUCCUCGCCUAUAUUCCCCUCGAUGGCGUUGUGCCGGUCAGGGACAUCGCAGAGCUUGCCGAUGUGCCUGAAACAAUUCUCUCUAAAGUCGUACGCAUGAUGGCAACGGCUGGAUUUCUGUCUCAACCACAGCCUGGAGGCAUCGCACCCACUGCCCUCUCCGCACAAUUCGUCACCAAGCUUUCCUACUUAGAUGCGGCCAUGUUCCUCGCCGAGACCGCUGCGCCCGUCUCGUUGAAGAUGGGCGAAGCGACGAGGAGAUUCCCACGCUCCAAUCUCCCAAAUGAGAGCGCUUACAGUGUGACCUUCAGUACUUCACAACCCUUUCAAGCAGUAUGCAGACAAAAAAGCAAGCUUUCGCGACAAUGGUGUGCAUACCUUCAAUGCGCCGAAGAUCCGGCUGAGAGUAUGAUGGAUAUACUAGGUAGAUUAGACUGGCGGAAUGUACGGAAAGCAUGUAUGAUCGAUGCUGGAGCUCCGUCAACAGGAAUGGCCAUGGCCCUCAUCGAACUUUACCCCGGCCUUCAUUUCAUUCUCCAAGUAGACACCGGAGUAUCACCAAGCGGCACAGAAGACUUUCAUCCUCGUAUUGAGGUCCAAAAACGGCAUUCCGGUUCAAUACAAGCUGUCAAGGAUGCAGCCCUGUACAUUGUUAAUCUACCAGCGCUCUCAUUCGGAACGCCCGGGCAGUCCCUAUCGGAUCGAGUUCUGGCAGAAUUGAGGGCUCAUCUCGGCGUACUCCGGUCAGAUUCAUCAAUGAAGAUAAUUCUGGUUCUUUGCUUGUUGCCAGAACCUGGCUCCGUAAUUGCGGAAGUUGAAGCGGCUGCCCUUGCGCGCGAUCUGUAUCGUUUACAGUUGGGCAAUGAGCACGAAAUGGGCGUCGCGGAGAUAGUCGAGAUGGUGAAUAAUGUGCAGGAUAAUAUGGGCGGUCUGGUAGUGGUGAACAAGCUCAACUUGCGAAACAGUGCUACGGUGGCUCUCGCAAUUCAAUACCAGGCCAACACGGUGAGGUUGCAGGGGACUCAACAGGCACGCACAGGUUUUAUAAGAAAUGGGCAAAUGAUGAACAAUGGAAUGAAUGACCUUGUCAACCUUGACUCCGGGUCAAGUUUAACAUAA